AUAUCGGGUGUGAAUUUUUAGCAGUGGGACGCGACGACCCGAACAAGUGCACCAAAUCCAUUUGUCGUGAAUCUUAAUUUCUUUGUAUAAAAGAAUCUCUCUAUCUCUUCCUUUUCACUUUCAUUCACAAUGGAACAACAAAAACAACAACUCAACUUAGAUUUGACUUUAGCUUUAGCCUCUGUUCCCAAAACUGUUUCUCAUUUCCUCAACGACGUCGUUUCUCAGACCAAUAAUUCAUCUGAAAAACUUUCAAACCUUGAUGACUUAGUUCACAGAUUGGAAGAAGAAAUGAACAAAGUUCUUGCUUUCAAACGUGAACUCCCUCUUUGCAUAAUCCUCCUUAACAAUGCUAUAGAAACAUUGAAGGAGGAAAAAGAAAAAGUUAGGUUAAUGAAAAUGGAAGAUCCAAAAAACUCCAGUGAUAAUAAGAAGAAUUGGAUGAAUUCAGUUCACCUUUGGACUAAUGAAAAUAAUUCGAAUGAAGAUGUUGAAAGGUGUGUGUCAAAGAAGAGUAAUGGCGGAGGGGUAUUUAUGGAAUUUAAUGGAAAUUCUUUGAAGGAGGUUUCUCAAGUUCCUAGCUAUAGUUUGGUGUCUGAAGUGAGUCAUGGAAAUUCCAAGAGUGGUGGUAGUUCUGGAUCGUCUUUGUUGCGUGUUGAGACACAGAAUCAGCCGCAGCCACCACAUCCUUUGCAGCAGAAUUCGAGGAAACAAAGGCGUAGCUGGUCGUCUGAGCUUCAUCGCCGUUUUGUUGAUGCACUUCAACAGCUUGGUGGAGCACAUGUAGCCACUCCUAAACAAAUUAGGGAAAAGAUGCAAGUGGACGGAUUAACAAACGAUGAAGUGAAAAGUCAUUUGCAAAAAUACAGGCUUCAUGUUAGAAGAUUUCCAGUUUCUUCAAUUGAAGAAGCUAAUAAACUCGCCUUAUAUAUGACUCAAGAUCACCGUGAAGAUACAUCAAAGGGAAACAUAUCAGAGUCUCUUUCACCACAGGGUCCUCUUACUCCUCUUCUUCUUGGAGGAUCUGUUAAAGGUCUCUCAAGCCAUGGAAGAAACAGUAUGGAUGCAGAUGACGAGCAAUCAGAUUGCAGGAAUUGGAAAGGUGAUCAUGAGCAGCUACAUGAAGCAGAAUAAUCACAGCCUCUAAAAUUUUGCAGAAUAUUAUAAUUAAACAUAUAGAUCAUAAAGAAUGAGAAUUUAACAACAUAAGGAUAAUAUAUCUAACAAAAAGAACUAUAGAGAUAUAAGUUUUAUGCCAUAGUUAUUUUUUUAUAUAACUAUGCUAUGGCUAAUGGCUACUUUAGACUGUUCUGGAAAGAGCCGCUGAUAUAUUUUGCAGAUUAUUUUUCCAUCUAAUAUUGAAGGAGGUUUUUGUUAUCAUAACUAUAGUAACAGUUGAAUGUAACUGUAUUUAAUAGUGCAAUUUUCAUAGAUGUGAAUUCUCAUA